AUGACAGUAUCUGCUCUUUCAUGUAAGUGGAAAAAUUAUGAAGAUUUUCUAAUUGUUUUAGGGAUACUUUCGUUUUCAACUUUAAGCAAUAGUGUAUUGCCUAGCUUAUUACAGUAUGCAACAGGCCUCCCUCAAGCACUUUUCUUUUCAUUAGGGAUUUCUCAAUAUCAAAUAAUUAUUUCGCCCGUCACUUUUGUUAAAGAGGGAGAUGUAUUUGCAAAACUAAUUUCACUUGAAAAUGGGAGCGAUAGUACAGGUAAUGUACUAAUUUCUCCAUGUAACGGUGUCUUGCAAUAUGUUUGGCCAAACGUAUCGACACCUACUGUUGCGUUCAUGUUAAUUGCAAGGAUUCAAUGUAAUUUGAAAAUAUGA